AAUUGCAUUAUAGACACAGAUUUUUUGAUAAUAUACUACAAAUUUUAAGUAUUUUGGCAUUUUUGUGUGAUAUUUUCCUCUCAAUUUCAUUGCUGUUGAUCUGGUAUGAGAUAAGUUGGAAACACACUGUUGACACUACCACUACACCAACACUCACAAUUACUGUCUGACGUGCGUUUCUAUAACCAAGUUAUCAUCUUCAGAGACUAAAGGGUUUUUAUUUCAAACUAUCUCCCAAUAUGCGUUUCAAUAAGCAAGAAUUAGUCACUUUAGCUAUACAACCAUCAACCAAAUUUGAGAAAGAAGGAGUACUGUUUUUGCGAGAAAAACAGGAGGGAUUUUUUAGAAAAACUGAAGUAAGUUUAGAAAGAUGGUGCAGACUUCGAGGAAAUCUCUUGUUUUAUUUCAAAAACCGUGAUCCUUGGUCUGAACCAUUAGGAGUGAUUGUUCUUGAACAGUGCCAAGUUAGGAUAGAUCCACCAAUGUCUGCAUCACCAUUUAUGAUUGAAGGAUAUUUUCCAUUUUACUUAGUGUUUGAUGGGGGACUUAGUCAAGCUCUUGCUUCUACAUCAGACAUUGAACGAUCUAGUUGGAUAGAUGCAAUUAAACAGGCAAGUUACGAAGGUAUCAGAGCUGAAUUGAGCGCUCUAAGACAGUGCAUAGAAAGAAGAAAAAAUCAUAAACCAAUAGUCGAUUUACAAACUUGGCGAAUGCAGCACACGCAUGCUCUAGAUGUUACUGAAAUACCAUUGUGUGAAGCGUCAUUUUCUUGUGAUAAUUUACUCUGUGAUGGUCAUGGUAGACCACCGAAUCCUUCUCUAGUCAUAGAUGUUUAUAUACCUUCUUCGAAAUUCUGGGUACAAUAUGGCAGAACCGAGGUUAUAGAGAGAUGUAGUAACCCCAUUUUCCUUUCUACUGUGAGCUUCCGGGCAUCUGACGGUCUUUCCAGAGAUACAAGAGUGCGUUUUACCGUUUUCGAUGUAAGAGAAAGAGUAUCUGAUACUGCAGUACCUUUAGGGUCAUCUUGUAUUCUUUUGAGCGUUAUACAAGACUCUACAAGACUUCGUAUACCGUUUAUGUCUAGGUCUAAUAGUACCGUAGGAUUCCUGACAAUUAAUGCUUGGUUUUUAGAAAGGGAAGACAAGAAUAGUAGUACUGAACAUACACCUUGUAAGAAGCCGUUACAUAAUCCCCAACAGGCAUUCGCACAUCGUAGAUCACAGUCUCUACCCCCUAGAUUGGGUGUAAAAAUGAAACUUCCCAAUCAAUCCGAUUUAAAAUUGAUAUUCGCUUCACCACAUUUGCAAACUUAUCGUUUUCAUUCAGGUUUAGGGGGAGAUAUUUGCGUGCACGAAUAUAUGGCUGAAAGUAGGAUCAGUUUUUCUUUCCCACGACAAGUACUCGAUAUAUGGAUCCAACAGGAGAAAGAGCUCCUACAGGAGGUGGCAGGUAUGGGAGAACUGAGAGAACCUUGGCAUUCUAGACAGGUAGAACUGUUAGAUAGACACUUGCACCUAUUGCGGUUGUAUUCUCAAGCUAAAGAAAAUCUGCAAGCACACAAGGGAAGUCUUUUCAAGGCUAGCAGUAGAAAGGGCGAUAGAACUUUGGAAUUUGCUCCUGUUAAUUUACAUUUGCAACGGAUGUGGGUGCACAACGACACGCUUAACAAAUCGGGUUUUUAUGAUUGGAUUACCGUAGGUGCUUUUACAGCGCAUUCACACAAAUCUAAAAAUGGUGGAUUGAUUAAAUUAGUUCAACAACUCAAAGAAUCUCCUAUAAAAAGCGGCACAAAUUGUCAAAUAACUACGAAAAUUUCAAUGGCGAACGACGCCAUCCAAGCCAUCAAACAAUUACGAAAAGAAGUCGUAGAAGCCAUGCGGAACUUGAUGCGUCUGGCUAAAGAAAAACAAACCAACGGUAUGUUACCUAUAUGCGAAGAUAUGAUAAACAAAACUCGCAUACUACUAAGUCUAUGGGACUCAGGUCUGGUGGAAGAAGCAUUAAACUUCAUCGAAGAAUAUAAAUUGAUAGCGAAUGAAGAUUCCGGCAUGGGCGAUGACGAUACCAGCUUGGAUAGUUUAGGUAGACCCAACGUUUUAUCACCAUUCAAAAGAAUAACGCAACAACUUAAUACGUUGGAUUUGAGAAGUCCGGAAUUGGAAGAUUUUGCUACACCUUGUACUCCUAUUAACGAUGAAGAUAUAUGGAAGGUACAAAACCAAAACGAUUCUGAUUGUACAACGUUAAAUACCAGCGAAGUUGUUCAAAAACUUUGUUCUGACAUGCAAACACCAGACGAAUCUAAUUUCGUUCUUUUUCCAGAUUGCGAAGACAACCAAAAUGAGAAUUCUAUUGAAACUUCUACUGAAAUAAAUAGUAGUACAAUUGAUGUAGAAAGUGCGGGAAGUACAAUACAACUAGUAACUUCGGAAAGGGAUACAGGACGUACUUUUCUCGAUACUAAUAUUAUGUGUAAUUCUCCAUCGGCUAAUUAUUAUAAACCAACUGACGAACCUGAACCUUGGGAUAUCACUCAGUUGAAUAUUGAAGCUAGCGUUAUGUGUCUUGUUAGCAAAGUCAAAUUUUUAUGCGGAAGGUGUAAUAGUCCAGCUGUAAGACUAAAACCGAACUUUAGAAACAGUAAAAAAAGUAUUAUCGUCGACCAACCCAUAAGAGGCACUAUAAUCGAAAAAGAAACAGAGGCAGUUACAAAAGUUGUUAAUAAAAUUGUAAAGAACGGUAACAAAUUUACUGACGGUCUGGAUAUAAAUAAAAUCAACGAUUGGGCGGCUGAGUUGAGACCCAGUAUGCGUAAACUACGUUUAGCAAUGGACGGUCUAUUAAAAACGGCGCGACUCACUCAUUCGGUUUUUAGAGUACAAGAAAGUCCGAAAAUAGCUCAGAGGUUCUGUAAUGUGCGAUACAGAAGAGACGUUUGUUUCUCGCAAGCCUUAACUUCUCUUGUCACCGCUUUGAUGUCGAAACUAUGGUGUCAAAAACCUGAUCCGAAUUAUGUGACAAUGCUGAGUGGUUUAGGACCUUUAGCUCAUUUCGAAGGACUUUUGAGUUAUUAUGGUAACGAAAUUGAUAUGUGGGGAGAUAUGUCGGUGGCUAUUGAAGACCUAAGAACGGUUCUAUUCAUUUUAGUUAGGAGUCCUAGUCCGGCUACUGAACCAUAUCCAAAUCCGAAAGUAUCAGGAACAAGAAAUUCUCUAGUAGUAUCUCUACCUGUACCGGAUUCCCUUUAUAGUCUCAUACCGUCAAGACAAACUGUAUCUUUUCACGUGACCCCUGUAUUUUUCAAUAUAGGGAUCAACGAAAUGGCUACCGUCGCCGAAAGUUUGGGGGCUACUAAAGCUCAGGAACGAUCAAAUAUAGACAAUUUCGAGCGAUUGAAUGAAUAUUAUUUGCGUUACAAGAAAUUAAAGAUUUUAGAUAACGCCCGUAGAAUUUCCACUGGUACAGUUCAAUCGAGACCUGUUAGUGCCAUAAUAGAAGAUCUUCGAAUAUCUGUACAUAGUUCUAAAGCCAAAAAUGUCGAAAUACUUCAUUUAGCAGCGCAAAUUUGCAGAAAAUUGAAUGGUUUACGAUUUACCAGUUGUAAAAGUGCCAAAGAUAGGACAGGGAUGUCUGUUACCCUAGAAGAAUGUCAGAUUCUAGCAGACGAGUAUCAUCUGGCCGAACACGAAUUUCAAAGAGCUUUAGAUUGUUUAAGGAGCGAGGGUUGCCGUAGAGAAAACGCUUUCAAGAAUAUCGGUAUCAGAAAAUAUGCUUUUAAUUCUAUACAAUUAUUAGCGUAUCCGAAGUACUAUCGACCACCACCCGGAACGUACGGAUCCGCUCAAACUUGAAUUAUUCGUAUACAUUUUUUGUAGUUUUCGGGAUAUUUCGGUUGAAAAUAUUUUAAUUUAUGAUUUUAUUUUGACAAAUAUAUAUUUUUGACAUGAA